AUGACGAAGAGAGCCGCGUGUGACUGUUUUUUUGUGCGAUUAAGUAACGACCCGCAAUGGCUGGAAGCGUGGAAAGCGACCGGGAAAGAAAUUCGAGCCCUUUUCGCUAAGUGUUCGUGGGAAAAAAGUUUUGUUUGGCCGAACUCGAAGAGUUUGAUGAAGCAGUACUCGGUGAAGUGGUUCGAGUCGUGGUUGGUCGAUGAUUCAUCGCAUGCAUGGAACACAACGACCGUGCUGUUCAUCGAAAACUUUCUUUAA